UUCGUCAGAAUAUAUUAUAUGGGUUUUUUUUUGUUUUUGUUUAUCGAUACCUACUUAUCGGUCGUUGAUUACCUAAUUAUUAUUUAUUACACAUUUACGGCUGUGACUUUGAGCUUGGUAUCUACCUUUAUAAUAUUAGCCACCAGGUAAGAGUUUUGCCUUUUGUGUUCAGACAUACCUAGGUAGGUACCUAUUUAAAGUUUACCGAUAAUUCCGUUCAAAUAAUGAAUAGUGAUGUUAUGUCGGAGUAUUAAUUCAAUUUUAUAACAUUUCGUUUUUGUUAAUACCUCUUACGAAUUACGAUUCACGGUCGAUACACACAUUGUUUCGAUUUGUGUGGCACAACAGUCAACAGUCAAAAACAAUUAUAUUAUUCAAUUUUCCUGUAAACCAAAAUUAAUUGUCUAAUAUGCAGCUUCCCGAACGAAGAAAACUGUUUCAACAACGCCGUCAUCGUAGAGAAGAAAUUGAAGCUCAGCUGCGUAGAGCGCAGAUUGAAGACCAGUCUAGUUCUGAAAAUAGUAGUUCUGAAGAUGAAGAUUCAUUUGAAGAUGUAUCAGAUGAUGAGGGGGCAAGUGAAGAUGAAUCAGAAGAAGAAAUAGUAAAUGAAGGUGAAUCAGAAGAAGAAGUGAUUAAUGAAGAUGAAUCAGAAGAAGAAGUGAUUAAUGAAGAUGAAUCAGAAGAAGAAGUGAUUAAUGAAGAUGAAUCAGAAGAAGAAGUAGUAAAUGAAGGUGAAUCAGAGGAAGAAGUAAAUGAAGAUGAAUUAGAAGAAGGAGAAGAAGCUGAUGAAUCACAAAAGGAAGACUACAAAUCAGAAGAAGAAGAGUACAAUACAAGCUCCCAUGAAAAAAGCUUAGCAAAUAGCAUUGGCAGUCAUAAUAAUGAUAGUCAAAUAUCUGUUGCCCAUUAUGAAUCUAAUGAGACAUACCCGGUUAAUACUAUGCUUGCUAAAAAUAAUAAUGUACUAAUGAACAAAAAUAAUUCUGAUGAUGACGAUGAUGAUGAUAAAUCACAAACUUUGUAUGACUCUAAUUUUAAUAUGAAUGAACUUCAAAAUCAAGUUGUUGAAUGGAUGGUAAACAGAGAAAGUCAAAAACCAUAUGGUGGAAUAAUUGCAACUGAUAUGGGUACCACCGAUUGUAAAAUUACGAUAUUAAUGCAUUUGUUAUCGAAAUCCAACCUUCCUAAUUCAGAUAACACACAAUCGGAAGGAGAAACUGAUUUGGAUGAAAGUGUUUUCUCAAAAGGAUGUACAUUGAUUUUGUGCCCAAGGUCAAGUAUAGAUCACUGGGUUAAUCGUAUGAACGAAAUAAAAAAACAAAAUUCAUUAGACGUGUGGCUACAUUAUGGAAGAAAUCGAGAUAUAUCACUUGAGGAUUUAACUCAAAAAGAUGUCGUUAUCACAACAGUUACAAUGGUUGUAACAGGUUUCCGCAACAAAAUAAAUAAUCCAUUAUAUCAAAUAAAAUGGGACCGAAUAAUAUUGGAUGAUAAUAAGCUCUAUAAUUAUAAACAGCAAACUUCCAAGGCUUUAUGUCAAUUAUCAGGAAUUUGCUAUUGGGUUUUUUCUGGACCAACAAUUAUUGACAAUGAUGAUGAUGAAGCUAUCUAUAGUUUGAUUAAAUUUAUAAAAUAUGAUCCAUUAAAUAUAUUGGAAAAUUGGAAAUAGUGGAUAAAAAUAAAUCAAACUGUAUCAAUCCAUGAAAAGUUGGGGCAUUUAUUUUAUAACAAGAAAAUUGUUUGAAUAGAAGGUGAUAUUUGUACAAUUAUAUAUUUUAUUAAAUUUUUAUUUUUAUAUUGAAUUAUUUUA